AUGAAGAUCGGACUUCUGGUUUUACGCGGAGAUGUUGUAGAGGAAGUCAGUGAUGCCGGCCCAAGUACUAUCGAUCUCAGUCGCUAUAUACCUCAAGCUCGUCAUCAGUUUGAGACCCUUUACAUCGGCAAGUCUAAGGCGGAGGCAGAUAUCGAUGACAUCUGCAGAGAUGGCUAUGACAUCGUUCUGAAUUACAUGACGGCAGAGUCAGCCGAUGGUGUUUCAACAGCGGCAGCGAUCACGAGAUAUCUCGAGGCGAAAGAUAUCUCAGUUCUCAACCGUCCGUUCUACACUCAAACCACCGAGGCGGGAGAAGAAACACAUCGUUUCCGCAUGUCGAUAAAGACACCCCAACUGAACCUGGAACAUCUCAAGGGCAACAGGUGGGUCAUCCUAGCCAUGGAGAUGGGCCGAGAGGAGAUGGUGUUUAGUCCUGCCCAAUGCGGCACCUCCGUGUGUCUUGAUGGAGACAAUUCACACUCCGCAUCGACAGAUUUCGCCUGGGUCAGGGAAGACCCCCUGCAGUCCAUGUUGAAUUCAAUGGCGUUGGAUGUACUGAGAGUGUCUGGUGGUGGAUUUGUGCGUGUGGAGGCUUCGUUAAAUACAGAGGCUGACAAUAUGUACCUGGAGGGUCUCCUUUGUCCUCCUCGCGCAUUGUACGGUGAUGGGUAUACCACAUAUGACGACGUGGUGAUCAAAGAGGAGUUUCCUGGCGGACAUAUGGCAUUCUUGAACAUGCUGAUCACCAGUAAACAGAUCCGCUCGGGUCAGGAUCACGCCCGGAAUCAACACCUGGCGGGUGUUUAUGACGGCUUUGCCCCUCGCUACCAUGCUGCUCGGGCCAAUACUGGGCUGAGUCGGAUGCAGGAAAAUAUGAGCCGAGAAUACGAUAUCUCAGGAACAGUCCUUGACCUCGCGUGUGGUAACGGUGAAUUCGGAGCCACCCUUCAUGAACAUGGAGUCUCUGCAAGAGUCACUGGCAUCGACGUCUCCGAGGGGAUGACCCGCUCGUCAUACAUUCAGGAUCACUACGAAAAACCGCUCCUGAUCGGGCCGAUGGACGAACUUAUCAUGGGCAUGCCUGAAUUCGACCAUGUGGUUUGCUUCGCGGCAUUUCAAUUUCUGGACCCCGUCCACUUGACGGCGUGUUUAGCUCGCAUGUUCAUGAUUGCUCAAAGGUCGGUGACUGCGAUCCAUGAGGACCUUACUGAGAUGUACAUUGAAGAUAUAAAGAAGCGGAACGGUGAAUUGUGUAGUAAUUUCAAUCAUAUCUCUACCCUGGAGGACUUUGGUGUGCCCAAAGGUUGGAUGCAAGUUCUCAUGGAACGAUUCCCCUUAUAUGAUAAUCCAAAUCUGGGGGUGACUGUGUAUGGAUUUGCGGUUCGUUUUGAGAGAACGUAA